AUGAAAGGAAUUGAUGAUUUAUGGCAAGCCGAUUUGGUUGAAAUGAUAACCUAUGCAGUACAAAAUAACGGUUAUCGUUAUCUUUUAACAGUAAUAGAUACGUUUUCGAAAAAGGCUUGGGCUAUGGCGGUGAAAAACAAAACUACUCAAAACGUAACGAACGCUAUGAAGGAAAUUUUCGAGAAAAGUCAUCGCAAAACGAAAAAUUUACAAACUGACAAUGAUUUGUAUGUCCUACCAAGCGAAAGCUUUCUAUAUAUUGAAGGAACUGCAUCAAAAGAAGAUGGCACAAUCUGUAAUAGUAUAAAACUGUUAAACAAUUGUAUGGCGCAUCUGUUUGAUGAAAUUCGAUAUGAGCUUAACGGUAUAGAAAUUGAUCGUACACGUCAUUUGGGCAUUACAACGGAAAUAAAAAAUUUCACAUCAUUGAAUAAACGUGAGAGUGAGAGCCUACUGAAUGCAGGAUGGUCGCAAUUUAAUAACGAUGAACUCACUAUUGUGAGCGGUUAUUUCAACUUUUGUAUACCACUGCAGAUGCUACUUGGAUUUGCGGAAGAUUUCAAUAAAAUCAUAGUUAAUUCUAAACAUGAACUGAUUUUAUUACGAUCUAAAGAUGAUAAACAAGCUAUUACAACUACCGUGGCAGACGAGCAAAUUAAAUUAAGUAUUUUGAAUAUUACAUGGAAAAUGCCACAUGUUCAACUCGCUGACGCUUACAAAUUGGAGAUGUUUAAAAAAAUCAAUUCUCGCCAACCGUUAAAUAUAUGCUUCAGAGCUUGCGAUAUGUAUUAUUAUCCUACACUUCCACAGAGUGCAGCCGUCUUAUGGAAUGUUAAGUUAGCCAGUGAAAACGAACGACCGCGGUUUCUACUUAUAGCAUUUCGAAACGCCGAAAACAAAUUUACUCAUUGCAAUUUAACGAAUGUAAAGGUACAUCUAAAUUCCGAUUCAUAUCCAUAUGAUGAUUUGAAUCUUAGAUUCAGUCGAAAUCAAUUCGCUCUACUCUAUGAUAUAUAUUCAAGAUGUCAGCAAAGUUAUUAUUUACGCGAUCCGUAUCCGCUAUUGAAACGUAAUGAGUUUCUCACGCUUCCACCCAUAGUUGUUCUGGACGUAACACAUCAAAAUGAAUCGGUUAAAACCAGACCAAUCGAUAUCCGCAUUGAAUUGAAAGCUUCAAGUAACAUACCAGCUAAUACAUCGGCAUACUGUUUAAUUAUACACGAUAAAAUAUUUGACUAUGUACCCCUUACAAAUGAA